AUGAAGACUUGCAUCACGGAGCUGGGGCAGAACGCCAAGUGCCAAGGACGCAGGAAGAGGGAGGCCAAAGCCAUGAACGAGAACCUCAUGGCCGCUGACAGCAUGCGUGAGAUCCUCCUGGACUCUUCCCAUGACGAGAAGGGUGCCAAAGUCCCUGAGACGAACAACGAGGUCAAGCUGUUCACCGGGCUGGAGAGCUUCACCACCAUGACCACCACAGCCUACACCGAGAACACCGCCACCACCGUGUCCGUUUCCUUCCAUUGCAUUCCUCCUAACGGCAUCAACUACGAAUUCUGUUAGGCAUGAAUGAGCUCUUGAAAGGUGGCCGGCUUACUAUGUAGCGAUGUUGACAGAUUUCCUUGGUUCUAUUUAUUGUUACUCUGAGCUGUUGGUGUUGUGAACCUCAAGAGUCAGCUCUCGUGAAUGUUGUAUAUAAUAUGGUCC